AUGGCAAUUCUUAAUAUGAAGAUACUCUCAUUUAAAACGUAUGAAAAGGUGGAAAGCAUUCCUUUCUCGCCAUUUACAUGUAUUGUAGGGCCUAAUGGUGCUGGAAAGAGCAAUUUAAUAGAUGCUCUAUUGUUUGUAUUUGGUGCAAGCCCGCAGGAAAUUAGAGGAAGUAUUCCUGCUAGGGACUGCAUGCCUCCCACAAGAGUUGAGCUGGCGUUUCGUGAUAAAAAUGGUGUUAUUAUAAAUUUAAAGAGGGAAAUGGCGAAUGAUUCAUCUUCAUUCUACAUAGACGGUGUGAAGGUGUCUUUUAUAGAAUAUUCUUCUUAUUUAGAGAGCCAGAACAUAUCGACAGUUCACAGAAACUUUCUUAUCUCGCAGAAUGAAGCACUCAUAAAAUCGCCAAAGGAGCUUUCAAAAUUCAUAGAAAAGAUAUCUGGGUCUUAUGCGCACAAAGAGGAAUAUAAGCUUUUGAAAGAGCAGAAGGAGCAGUUUGCAAAAGAGUAUCAGGAGUUAAUGGAGAGAAAAAGGGCAGCUGAAGUAUCCACAAAGGCGUACGAAGAAGUAUCUGAGAUGCACGCACGGCACAGAUUGCUUAUGGCAAGAAAAAGAGUUCUAGCAAGUUCGAAGAUAAAGAAAAAGAAGGCACAAAUACGCGAAACCCGGCAGGGGCUUGUUGGCCGGCUGUUAUCUAUAGAAGAAAAGGGAAACAGUACUGAAUUAAGGGAACUACAUAAGGAAAUGGCACAUAUACAGACACAGCUUAUUAAGUGUCGGGCUAUAAAAAGCAGCAUGCAGCACAGAAUAGACUUAAAAGGUGAGGAAGAGGCCGAAAUAGUUAAAAGCAAUGAAGUACGGGCCCAGGGGAUAGUUAAAAUAAAGGAGCAAAUAGCAGAAGCAGCGGCCCAGAUAGAAGAUUGUUUAUGGCACCUUAAAAACACGGAAGAUAUAGCAUCUGCACACCCAGGAUGGAAUGAGAAGUAUCAAAGAGAAGCGCUCAUCCAAACACUUUCUCAGAUACAGCGCGUGGAAGACUCAAAAAGCAUCUUGCAAAUGAAGAUACAUGUGAAUGAGAUUAAAAGAGAACUGAAAGAAUUAAUUCAGAAGGAGAAGGAGCAGAAAGACAUGGACCGUCAAGAAGUUAUGAGUAAUCGUUUAGCCCAUCUGAACCAGGCACUUUUGGAGACGUUGAAAGAACUAUCCUGCAGAAUGUCUCGUAGUAAGGAUGUAGAGUAUAACUCAAGACUGGGAUAUCUUAUUGGACGAAUCAAAGAGAGUAUUCCACAGGUGGUGGGCAGGGUCUGUGAUUUGGUGGCGUGUACUGAGGAAAGGUAUCAAACUGCAAUUAAUGCUCUAAUACACUCAAAAAGAAACAUAAUUAUCAUAGAGCAGGAAAAGCAUGCACAGCCAAUUCUUAAUGGACUGGCGCAGUCUGGGGCUGGGAGAGUGACUAUUUUGCCAUUAAAUAGGCUUAAUUCAUAUGGGGGCGCAGGCCGGCCUGAUAAAGAAAACAUUUCAAACCAACAGACUAGGCUGGAUUCACUUCCCGCUGGAUACAUUCGGUGCCAAGAUGUAAUUAAAAUAACAAAAGACAUAAAAUAUGAGGAAAAUGUGCUAAUUGAUUAUAUAUGCGGAAGGGCAUUAAUAUAUUUAGGAGAGGGGUCACCAACUUAUGCUGCUGAGAAGGUAAUUACUCUGGACGGAAUAAUUAUUUCGCAGGAUGGAUCAGUUAGAAAGAUUGCAUCGCGUGGGGAUGAAAGCGCAAUAAAGGAGCUUGAAGAGAAAAGAGAUGCACUUCUGACGGACAUUAAGGCAGAGAGCGGAGCACAGAAGUCCGCACAGGCAGAAAAGAGAAUUUAUGUAAAAAGCGAGCAGGUCAUAGAGCUUGAAAAGCGGUGUGAGGAAGCAGAAAGAUACUUAAAAGAGACAGAAGCAGAGAUAAAAGGCCAAAUAGAUGAAAUAGUAGCCAAAUCACAAAUACCCUACAAAAUAAUACAGCAUGCCAAGGAGGAGGGUGUAAUUGAUUCUUCCUCAGCAAAUAAGAAAACAGCUCAAAUAAAAAAGAAGGAGGAGUCCUGGAGAAAUCGACUAAAUGACUUGAGGCAGGCACUGAAUAAAUUGGAGAAGGUGCCUGUUCGUGUGGCAGAAGAAAUGGAUGAAAGCACAGAAGCUCUUAAUAAAGAAAUAUUAGAGCUGGAGGCCAAGUUAUUAGAGGUAUCUAAAAGAAUAGAGCCAUCCUCAGAGAUUGAGUUGAAAAUGAUCAAAGAGCAAAUAGUUGUGCUUGAUGAUGAGAUUGAAGAGAUAGAACAGUAUAUGGCAGAAGAAGGCAUAACCGAAGAGGCUAUUCAGGAGGCGCCAAGCAGCAUGGAAGAAGAAGACUUGGAGAAGCUUGAAAGAGAAAUUACAAGCGUGUCGUCCUUUUUGUCAAAAAAAGGAGUUGUGGCAGAAACCCAUCAGAUAUAUGCACAGCUGGAAAAAGAGACAGAAGAAAAAAAGAAUGUGCUGGCAGAGGUAACGAGGCAGUUCCAAAAAGUGCGGAAGGAAAGGGCUGCGCUUUUCCUUAACGUAUUUGACAAAAUAAACACUCUAAUAAACCAGCACUAUGCACGGCUCACAGAAAACCCAUCUGGCCAUGUGCGGGCACAUUUGGGGCUAGAGAAUUCUUUAGAGCCAUACUUAGCAGGUGUGCAGAUAUUUGUCAUGCCUACUGGAAAAACAUUUAGAGAAGCUAAAUACUUAUCAGGCGGAGAGAAAACAAUGGUUGCGCUGGCAUUGCUGCUUUCUAUUAAUUCAAUAUAUCCAUCUCUUUUUUAUGUAUUCGACGAGCUGGAUGCUGCACUAGACAAAGAUAAAAUAACGUGCCUUAGAGAGUCGCUGCAGGAAAUAAAUGCACAGUUUGUGGCAGUUACUCAUCGAAUUGAGCUAUUUGAAACAGCAGAUACUCUCAUUGGAGUAGCAAGGCCCCCGCAAGGGCACUCUCAAGUAUUUUCUCUAAAACUAUAAUUCAUUUGAAAUAUUUAUACAUGCGAACUAUUCUACUCUUAAACUGUAUCUAGGCAUGUUUUAUGCCAGCAUUGCCUUCUAUAGUGCUUUAUAACCCAUAGCGUAGAAGUUUUUUUGGACAAUACGUGGUAUUUUAUUCUAUUUAGUAAGGAGUUGCAUAUACUUUAAAUUACUUUAAAAAUUUCUUCUGAUAAACAACUACCAUUAAUUUGUGCGUGUUUUUAUAGGAGAAGGCGCA